AUGAAGAUGGUGGCAAUCAUUGCUGUCGUUAUUGCAGCUGUACUACUACUUGGUAUAGUCGUCGGGAUUGUUGUCGGCCUCACUCAAAACGUCGUAGACGACGCUGCAUGUCAAUUUCUUACCAAUGAGAUUAUUUGCCCAUUCGAGCGAGAAUACAAGAGGAUUGAUAUCUUGAGUCCUCCAGUUUAUUUGAAGAAUGGAGCAGGGCGAACUUCCUAUAAAUUAAGUAAGGGUACCGAUAUCAGAAUUAACGGAUUCCUCAUAAAAGUAACCGAUACAGAUAUUUCCGUCCGGAAACAACCUUCCGAAUGCGCAGAAGAGGGAGAAUAUCCUAUCAUCUUCAGCAGGGAAAACAACUCUCAGAGUGAAACCAAGUUACCGCUGAAGAUCAAAGACUUUAACGAUACAAUGCAAAUGGAAAUUAUUCCAUUCACCAAUACUUCAGAUAACGAGAGGUACGUGCAGUUUAUCUGUACAGGGUACCAUCAAUGUGGGACAGUUGUUAUGGAUCUUGAGCUCCAGGCACCAGUUUUUGGCACAUACAACACACCCAUGGAAUGUUCGAGGACCAACAUCGAUGGAACGGUUAUGGACAAGUACGGAUAUGCAUGUACUCUUAUCAUGGGUGUGGAAAUGUUUCAACGAACAGACAAUCUUAAGUGCAAACCAACAGUGGAAACCUUAGAGAACACUAAGACCACAUCCAUUGCACAAAAAUCUAUCGAUGUGAAUGAGACAACUCGAUCGCAUUUUAUCCUGCGAAAAUUGGCAAAUGAGACAAUAAAGUGGAAUGUAAACGUACAAACACUUAAGGACAUACGUCAUCUUCAAACUAAAUACAAUGGGGAUUUCCACGGAAACAAGUUUGAUCUUGAUGAUCGAGUUAAACUAUCCAUCAGUGUUAAAGGAUCUAUUGCUACAUGUCACGUGGUGUUUAGUCCCGUCACAUGUAUUGAUGAAGGACCAUGGGAACUACAUCUGUUAAAUAGCACCCAACACAAAGAAAUCCAAGUUACUGGAACGUCAACAAUAACAGCUUGUCCAAGUCUUGUUAAUGGAACUGUUAGUGAAAAACUGGAACUAAAAUUUACCUCUUGCGUACCAGAUGAUGUGCGAACAUACGCAUUGAAUCUCUAUGGAAAAACGAAUAGACGCGGAUCCUUUCUGAAAGAUAAAUCUAUAGAAGUCGUAGAUCAGACUUCAUAUUUUCGGGCUCAUCUGCAUCUCAAUGAGUUGUCGGUGAUUUACACAAAGGAACCGAUCACCUGUGCUGAUCACAUGAUGAUAUUUAUGAUGUCACUGCAAACAAAAGGAGGCGACACGAUACAGAAUAUCACAUCCCUCACUAAUGUCAUAGCUGGCCGAGAUCGUUACAAAACAUAUUCUACAGGAGGUGAUUUUAGAGAAAACAUCCCAUCAGUUGUCAGUCUGCGCGUGCAUUUGGGUUGCAGACCACAAAACAUGACCAUACACAUCAACGGAUCACUGCUGGCCUCCAAGUACGCUUUGUCUGAAGACCUUAGCACAGGAGAGAAAAUAUUUACUAAAUCCUUUUUAUUCCCCAAACUACGGAUGCAGGAUAACGGCACCGGUGUUGAACUACACUUAAGCUUUAAUGAUGAUGAAGGAUCUCGAAGAAACCUCAGUAUUACGCAAGUGAUUCGUGUCAUUCCAGAUACCUUUUGCCUGGGAAGGCCUCAUGGUUGCAACUAUCGCCAUCCCUACAACAGCAACAUGUGGAUAGCUUGCGGUGAAGGACUAAUUGCAGAGUUUGGAAACUGUCAGUCUGGACUCGUGUUCGUUCCAACGAGUUGUGAAGGGAAGUGUUUGUGAUUGAGCACUUUGUAAACGUUUGCUCCUCAAGGAAAACCAAAAACGUGAAAUGAACGAAUUGAGGUUAACCAAGUCACAAUGGCAGUGAGUAAUAAACACUCCUAUGAAGGUUUUGACUUAGAAAAAUGUAACGACUAAAGAAUCCUAGUUCAUUUGAGAUAUGACACGGUAUUUGAUUGGUCAAUCGACAUAAUUGAAGACCAUAAAGCCACAAUAUACUGUCCGCUACUUUUUCAUUUCUAUAAGUUGCAUGAAUUGUGAUGUGAGUUAAAGUCAAUGACCCUGACUGGCUUGACAAGCAAUUACUGGCCUGACAUCCCAAUAUGGUCUGCAGGAUUCUCAAUUGAGGGCACUCAAUUUUGUAUAAAGGUCGGGUGUGGCUCUCAGAGCAGAGGGGUGGGGCCCAAUAGGUGAAAUAUAGGUUAAACCUUUGAAAUAUUUUUCUGCCAUAAUAUAAUGAGAUUUUAUCCCAUCAUGUUGUCUAGUAAUGCCUGUCAUUAUUAGGGUGUAUUCAUUAAAACAAUAUGGCCACCAGGCCGCCAUGUUCGAUUUUGACUUUUGAAGUUUGUUCUAGCUAUAUCUCCAGAAAUACUGGAUGGAUCUUUCUGAAACUUCAAAUGAACAUACAGUACCUACCAUGGAGUGCCAUAUCUUUACCUCAUAUCAUGUACAAAACAUAUCCAGGUCAACGAUUCCGGUUCUCUGGACCUUUUGUUUAACGGUCUAUUAAUAUAGCAGAGGUCACGGACGUGCCUCCAUGUGUGUUGUGUAUGCAUGCAUGUGUGUAUUUGUUUGGGAGGCAGGUUAUGUUGGUGAAAUUGUUUAUUUGUGAAAGGGCGAAUCAGGUGCCGACUCAGUACCAGAUUCGCGCUAUCGCGAUCUAUGUGUUAGCUAGGCUGCAAGCACAGUAUAACGCCAGGUCACAUUAUACUGACAACGGGUGAACCAGUUGGUGCCAUUACCUUAAAUAGCAACUCCAUUUUGAAGGACUUUGGUAUGCCCCGGCCCAUUGCCUUCCUCACCUGGCCGAACGUGCAACAUUAAAGCCCAAAGGUAUUGCCAAGCAAGGCGCUAGUGAACAAGGGUUAUUAAGAAGAAGGGAGAAAUAAAUGUUUCAAUGGGUGCAGUAGAUUUAUUUAGGUCACUUUUAUGUCCCCAAAUAGAGGAUAAUAGCAGGUGUAUUCUUUCUCGAUUCCCGACCUUCAUGUGUCUUUCUGAAGCGUUAUCUAAAGAUUAAAGCAUUGUGUUUUUUCGCACAUAAAAUGAUAUUUUGUCACAAUCAUGAUCCUAUGCAAAUCAAAUAUUAUGUAACAAAUUCGUUUAAUUACAUACAAUUGAAAUACUCAAAAGUUGCCAUUCUUUUCAAAUAUAACAUCGACCAUAAAAUUGUAUUAUUGGGAACCAUAUAUUUUUUUUUUCGGAUAUGGAGGUCAACAGUAGGCUAGAUUGCAACAUUAAACUCAUGCCUUAUAAAAAGAAAAUGCAAAAAUAAAACUUGUGCCCUAGUCUGCUGCACAUUGGUGUUAUAAAGCAUGAACUGUUUCAGUGUAUAUAAACUGAUAACAUUGCUGAUGGCUCCGAGGCUUUAUCUCCACCGACUGACAUGUUGGUUGCAUUUUGGAUAUUUCAACACGUGUGUAGAACCCUCUACACGUGUGUUAUUUGAUGUGAUGUUAUCAUGUAAGUAAUAUCUGGCAACAUUGCCAUCAACUGUAAAUGAUGUUAUCAAAUCAAUGCUCGUGAUACGUUGAAUUUGUAAUACCAUUUCAAUCACAUGGUACAUCAUCAAACACGGUCGCAAUCAGCUGUCAAGAUAACCAUGGUAGCAUAUCACUGGUGACGAAGUCAAGGAUAACAGACUUUAUUUUUUAUUCUUCAAUGUUUAUUCACAAUAUAACAUUUGUAACUCGGGUUUACAUUGAAGAGUUCGAAAAUUAUCAGUAUAACGUUAACGCUAUUAUAAUGUAAUAUAUGUUAUACUCCUUCACAAAAAAAGCUUUUCCAUGUUAAAUUGUAAUAAUCGUUGACAAAUUGACCCAUUUUGGCGAGAUUGCGUGAUAUCCUUGUGUCUGUCCCAUUUGUUGGUUCAUGUAUCAGCACUUCCGAAGAAAUGUAUGCUUCAUAAUGGAUAACAGGGUGACAUGUACAGACGUGUGUUAAUCCUGUCCCCUGUCAGGACAGGUGAUAACCUGAUGUACAGUACGGUACCGUAGUGUGGCGGCAUAUACAUCUGGUGAUAUCACUCUUUGCUGUGGUAUUUUUAAGUUACAAUAUAUGAUGGUUAAUGUAAAGGUAUU